AAUGCUAAAAAUUAUAAAGACAACAUAAUGAAGAACAAAUCAUGGGAAGAAAUUGCAAAAACAUGUAACAUAUCAGCCGAAGAAGUACAAGAAAGGUGGAAAAGAUUAAAAACUAGGUACUCCAAACAAAGAAGAUUAAUUGAACAGGCAACACGCAGCGGCAGUGGUAUACAAACAAUUAAACAAUGGCCGUUGUUCAAAAUCAUGAAAUUCAUGAAUAAACACAUCCAGAGGAGAAGGAACUUCAGCAACGUUUUAUUGCGACCUGGCAUCAAAUCUGAAAAGAAUGCUUCGGAAAAAUUGAAUUUUAGUCACCAAAACGAAAGGGAAAGUACAUCCGUAUGUCAACAAAGUCCCAACAUAGCUCAAUUUAAUCAGGAAUUUAAAAAAGUCCAGAGCAGAUCUGCAGAAAGCAUCCAGAUGGAGAGUCAAGCCCAGAUCAUGUAAGAACAUACAAUCGAAACGCUUAAUAAAAAGUAAAGGAUACAGGGAAAAAACAAUCAAUGUUUAUCCUGAGUUAUUUCAAGAAAAACGUAAU